ACUUUCAAAGUAUUCCUCUUCUUUGAGGCUGUGCUGACAGAAGUGCAGCACGUUGAUGCUUGAGCCCAUUGUCACAGAAAGGGGACCCCUGCUGGUUGCGCACGGAAACACAGAGCUUAGGGAGACCACAGCCCUGUGAGCGCAGCGCCGUGCGAGCGCACCGAGUGGGAGGCGACAGCCUGCACAGCCCCACGCAGACUCACACGGCUGUUUGAUUGCUGUUUGUUGUGGUCGGAGGAAGACAUCAAGGAGCCGCAGGGGGAAAAAAUGGAAGAUGAGAGCAGGAGGAAGAUGAAGGAGAAAUUUGGCCUGAGACGGGACAUCUUUAAAGAGUUCCUGGCGGAAUUUCUUGGGAUAUUUAUCCUGAUACUCUUUGGAUGCGGUUCAGUGGCUCAGGCGGUGCUGAGCAAAGGGGCUCUCGGGGAGCCACUCACCAUCCAUGUGGGUUUUACUCUGGGAGUCAUGAUGGCCGUCUACGUUGCAGGGGGAGUGUCAGGAGGUCACGUGAACCCUGCUGUCUCCCUGGCCAUGGUCAUUUUAGGAAAGCUGCCACUGAAGAAGUUUCCAGUGUACGUCGCAGCUCAGUUCUUGGGGGCUUUUGCUGGAUCCUGUGCAGUCUUUGGGUUGUAUUAUGAUGCUUUGAUGGAAUUCACCAAUGGAGAGUUUGCAGUGACUGGAGCCAAUGCAACAGCUGGAAUAUUUGCAUCAUAUCCUGCAAAACAUCUUUCUGUCCUUAAUGGAUUCGUUGAUCAGGUCAUUGCAACUGCUUCAUUGGUCCUGUGCAUCCUGGCCAUCACCGACAGAAAGAAUAUUGGUGCCCCCAAAGGCAUGGAGCCUCUGUGCAUCGGCUUGAUCAUCUUGGCCAUUGGAGUGUCCAUGGGUCUGAACUGUGGAUAUCCCAUAAACCCAGCACGAGACCUCGGCCCGCGGCUCUUCACAGCGGUUGCUGGGUGGGGCAUGGAUGUGUUCAGGGCUGGAGGCUGCUGGUGGUGGAUUCCUGUGGCAGGACCCAUGGUGGGUGGAGCGGUUGGAGCUGGGAUUUACUUUCUUAUCAUUGACCUGCACCAACCUGAGUCUGACAGACAGGUGGACAACAACGUUCAGGACAAAUAUGAAAUUGUUACUAUGAACUAAACCUUUCAUUAACAGAGCAGAUUCGAAUUAAAAAAGGGCAAAGCGAGCACUGUCACAUUUUUGGAUUCAGGAAAAAAAUAAAAUAAAAUGGCUGCAUUUGAUGCAAAACGUUCACACCACAUAUAAGAACAGUUUCACAGUAUUAUAGAUGUAUUUAUAUAUGCAUGAAUGUUUGCUGGAGAAUUUUUAACUUAUUUUGUACAAGGGUAGCCCGUAUAUACAUACAUUUAUAUGUGCAUUUGUUUUAGUUUUAGAUUAUAGAUGAGAAGGGUUUUAUUAAUUGUUAAAAACAGUAUUUAUAUGCAAACAGUUAUUUUUAAACCUACAAAAUAAUACUUUGUCUACUGAUUAAAGAAGCAGCAACAAAAAAAGGCACAAAAUCUUUACAGUAUAGCAAAGCUUUCCUUCACUGUCAUUCAUAUGAUAUAAUUUUUAGAUUAAAACUACAACAUAAGGCUCUCAAUGUUUUUUUUAUUUUACAAUAUAUUUUAUUUCAUUUCCAAAAGAGAAAAUACAACAAGACAACUUACGCAGGGGAAAUGAAAGGAGAAGAAUGAAGAAAAACUGCCCAGGUAUAUCUACAACUAUGUACACAUUGUUACUCAAAAUAAGUAUAUAAACAUCAAAAACAAUUGAGAAUAACAUAAAAAACGAAGGAAUUGAUAAAUAAUUUAUUUUUACUUUUUAAGCAAAACUGUGGAUAUUAUUUUUAUUCAUAGCAACAAAAAUUAGAAAUUGCCUGCGUUACAAAAUUAUUUUGGAUCAUUAUUAUGGAUCACCAGGAUAAUUCUUGGUUGCAGUCUAUUUUAUUUUCUGACUUUUUUAAAAAUUUUAAAGAAUAUCAGUUUGGAGAGAGGGUCAUGUUUAGAAAACUGCACAUUGUUCAAAUAUUCCAUAAAAAACUAUUAUUUUAGUCUCAAAAUUUGUGAUUGUUAGAGAAUUUUUCAAUUGUUACUGUCUAACAUUUUGAGCUGUGAAGUAAGAGUCCAUCCUGACUUCUGCGUUAACUCUCUUUUACAUCAUUCAGGAACCUAUUUUGAGGUGUUUUUACAUUAAAUGUCACUGUUUAGUGAUUUCUCUAAUUGUCUGCUUUGGGGGUUUCCUCUUGUUUGACUGUUGCAGUUUGUUUACAGCAAUAUACCAAAAUACAUUUAGUUACCAUAAAGCUGGAAGUAGAUAGUUCAGAUUUUAUUUGUUGUUCAUCAAAAAAAGAAAAAAAAGUAACUUUUACACGAUGUUUUGAUAUGUUUUUGUUGUGACUUUCUUACAUAUUUUGUAUCCUUUCCUUUGCAUGCUUGUAAAAAGGCUUUGUUCAUUUAUUGUGUUUAAAGUGUCGUAGCUUUUUUUUUAAAUACACAUAGCUAAUCCAGCCUUAAAACUUCAACUGCUGUGGCGUACUUUUUCACUAAUGACAAUAAUUUCUAUGAUACAAAAAUGUAUUUUUGUAACCUACAUUAUGUAGUUUUUAGGUACAACUUUUGUACUAAAAAAGCAAAAGUAAUUAUUAGGCAAAUACAAAAAAGAAUUACAUUUAUUAGUCUAAUAAAAAUACUGGCAAUGAAAAGAUGACCUUUGUCAGUUUUUUAAUUUGUUAUGAAAGGAGAGUAAAAUGUUUUGAAAGGGGCAAAACCACAAUUUUGCAAACACAAAUUAGACUGCUAACAUGUUUUAGAAUUAAUUUAAGGAGUUGGACAAAUAGAGCUCACUUUGUGAGUAUUAGCAGCAAGAAGCAUGCAGACCUCUGCUAACACAACUACAGACUGUUGCUAUUACCUGAUGUUUUAGCCACACAGUGAUAUUGUAAUCAUCAAAAGUGGGCCAUUAUAUUGCAUGGGGCCUCAAGUUCUUUUAUCUACCCGACACAAAAAUGUUCCUGCUGUUUUAUUUUGUAAUGUAACCAUUAUUCUUUUAUUUUCAUAAUGCAUUUAAUUCUAUAAAAUUUUAAUUAUCUGCAAUAGAUGCAACAAGGCAAGACAACACCACAGUUUCUUCAGCAAAAAUGCAUAAUUUGUAAAUCACUAAAUCUGUCACUUCUUUCUGUCACAAUAAACAAAUAAAACCAUAUUU